AUGGUAGACCGUGUGAUGGGAUGGCUGAAACGUCGUUCGGAGAACUCUCAAGUCACCUAUUCUCGUUUCGGACUUCCGGGAGAUGAAGUCGACGAACGUCCCCCGCCAACCCAUAUCCACGUCGCCCAUUUCGACGACGACGCUCCAGAAUUCCGCGCGUUUUUCACGCAUUCGACACGCGCCGCCGCGAUUGCCGCUGGCUUUGGACUCUCGUGUUCUCUCUUCUCGUUCGUCAUGUUCUUGUUCGAAUUCCGAUGGGAUGAUCAUGGACGUGGAUUCGAUUUUGGCACUGUUGUAGCCUCCCUCCUCUUCCUUAUCAUCGGAAUACUUGUCCAUUGGCAAGUUCUGAUGGGAAUCAAAAAGGAGAGUGCAAUUCAUCUGAUUCCCGCCAUCAUGGUCUACACUUUCAUGAUUGUCAUCGAAUUGAUCAUCUACGUACUCGCAGCCAACCACAUGGUCAAUUCGACGGCCCUAUUCUCAUAUCCCAACGACAAACAGACGCCGACGUUUCUGACUCUUUCGGUCUUCUAUCUGACCAUUGUCGGCAUUCAGACGACGAUGUUAUUGUCGAUUUCGAAGGCACGCAACUAUUUCGAGGCGAAAGAUAUUCAUAGACGAGAGGUAGCGGUCGCCGAGCAUGGAAAGCGUCAAAACAUGGCAAUGCAAAUCGUCUACGUCAAGGACUCUGACAACAUCGCCCCACUGAGAGACACAGAUGGUGGUACUGUAGUGACGUCACCACCGCCACGUGUUAUUCUGGCGGCUAACGAUGAUAUUGCGUAG